UCCUUCACUAUACUACAUAAAACAAAACAAAAACAUCAGAACCUUUCAACAUUACACAUUUAUACACCACUAUUAUCCAAAUUCCAAAGCCUCUCUUCUCAAAAUCCCACUUUUUUUCUUCUUCUCUCUAACAAAGAAGCUCCAUUUUAGGUAAAAAUAUAAAAAAAAAGCUGCAAAAAAUUCUUUUUUUUGGUGGGUAAAAUAACAAUAAUUAUUUUUUGAAAAAUGGGUGAAGGUGAAAAUUGGGGAUGGCAACCAAGUGGGUCUCCAACAACGAAUUUGGAGAGAUCAGAUGUGCAUUGGAGUCAUUUUGACAGUUCUGUAAAUGCUGUUUCAUUUGGGUUUGUUGCCACGGCUGUUCUCAUCUCUAUGUUCCUUGUUAUGGCCAUUUUCGAGAGGUUUCUCCGCCCAUCUCCGCCGGAACUUCCACUGCCCACCCGCCGUGAUAUUGAAUCCCAACUGGGUUUUCAUCCAAAACUUGGCUACCCUUCUCCCAAGAUGACAGUAUACUCUCAAGAGCAUCCGGUGUUGAUGCCGGGAGAUAACAUCCCAACCUUCAUUGCUCAUCCAGUUCCUCUUCCGUGCCCUCCUGAUCGCAUCCACUGGCCACCCUGCAAGUUAAAAUUACCUCCAAAGGCCCCUCAAAGCGCCAGCAGAAGUACUCUGCAAUCUGUUGUAAGAGAACCUAUCUAAACAUAGAAAGCACAUAUUCUAGCAAAUGUUCUUUUAUUUUAAAAAUGGAUAAUUUUUAGCUCAUUUAUGGAGAUUGUCUUCUCCAUUUGAGUUUACUACUUGUACAUAGAGCAUCUAGCUCCUUUAGGCAGACUCGCCGUAUCACUUUGACAGAAAAGAGGCGAGCGAAGCUACUACUGCAAGAUAGAUUUCCAUGGUUUACCAGUUUGAUAAUCAAGUUUUUAGGGAUGGAUGAAGUUUUAGACCGGCUUAAUUGAAAUCCUCAGCUGGAAUAUGUAAGUGAUAUAUUGAGCAUAGGUUGAUUCAAACCAUGUUUUAGAUCAAGUUUUUCAACAGUGGACUACCUCGUCAACUGGAUAUUAUGUUGACAUGGUCAGAAAUGGGAGAACCCAUCAUGUUCUGAGCUUCAUUUCCAUGUUUACCUUAAUUACAUUAUCUGAAAUCAAAGUUAUAAUGUUUGCCGUCU